AUUUGUAUCAUCGAAACUGAACUUGAUAAAUUGAACCGCUCAACGUGAAUAACUUCAGUUUGUUUUGGGUUGUCGGUGUUGUUUACAAGAAGUGUUAAAGCAAAGAACUUUAAAUAACUGAGGAAAAUCUACGAGUAGUGCCGGAAAGACAUUUACAACAAAAUGAGUGCAUCAUUUCGAAGUAUUGUGCAACAGGUGACGCAAGAGAAGCUCGAAGAACUCAAGGUUCAAAAGAACCUUAUGACCAGCCAUUUCCACCCAGUUCUGGAACAAAUUAGCGCAGAUCCUGCACGUCCCGAAAACGCUUUGCAGAUUCUGUUCGAGGCCAUCAAGGAAAUACCAGUCAAAUAUAUCAUCGAUUCGACGUUGGUCGAAAACUUGAAGUAUGUUCUCCAAAAUUCAAAAGAGGAUCCAUCAAUCACCUCCGAAUUGGUGACGGCAUGGAUCGAAAAAAUGGAACAAGAAAUUCGAUUUGCAUUAAGGAAAUGCGAAUAUUCUUACCUCUAUGGAUCAUUGCUGAGUGAAUGGCUCGAACUGGAAGAGAAGAAGCGGGCUAAGCUCGCACUUGCUGGCGAUCAAGAAGGUUCCGACGCAUCCACUGGUGUCGCAGACCGAGUUAACUCAAAUAAAAAGGAGGCAACUGACAAGAUAAAAGCUCUUAUGUUUAAGGAAGUGUCUUUGGACGACUUUGAUCCGGAUAAAUUUCGAAAGUUCCUGUCUGAUGAAUUGUUCAACUUUAAAGACAACGUCGACGGUCAAAGUGUCAUGAAAGCAAUUCGCAAGGAAACGCAAGAUUACUUCGAAAUCGAGAAUCACAUCAUAUCUUCUUACGACGUGCAAUGCUGUAUUAAGGGAUUGCGAUCCGAGGAACUGCUUUCUUUGGAGAAAAAGGCAGCAUUGAAAGAAUUAAACGACAAUCCAGAUGCUUUGGAAGAAGUCGCUUCAUUAUUAACGAAUCGUUUGAGAAACCUGAACAGAUGGGAAUGGCCUUCCUCUUGCAAAAUUAUUAAAAUACGACGAGGUCUGGCUGGAGAGUACAAACCUUUUCUAGAUGAAGACAUAAUUACCGCACUUUUCUUGCAAUACGUCGGAGUACGAUGGGCAUCUUAUUUCAAAAGACAGUUUCUGUCGCUAUACCAUUCAAAGGCUUGGACGAGGACGCACUGUUUUGAUUCGUCUAUUGAGUCACAACGAAAUAAAUUUCACGAAGGGACAUUUUUAUCUUGUCUUCCCGACUCUCUGACAUCACAAGUGAACAAAUUUCAAGAUGAAUAUGCAAAAAUUGAGGCCAGCGACGUUUGUGAAAAUGAAGCACCAGCACGUAGUCAUGCCAAUAUAUGA